AUGUGGAAAGUUCAUUGGCGGAUUGUUAUCACGAAGUGUGGGCCGAUGGACCAGCAGGAGAUCGACUUCUGGAUUGCCCUUGGGCAAACCGAGUCUAAGGCUUCCAUCAGUCUGACCCUGGUAACAGUCGAUACGAACCCGUCUCUGCAGCUGAUUCCGCCUACGGUCAAGCUGCCCGCAACUGCGUCAUCUGUCUUCUAUACGACUCCUGUUUCUACCCCACAAGCCUCUAUCGUAUCCCCGGAACAGAGUGGCAAUCCACCAACACCUAUGGGAGGUGCUGCAGCUACGAGUGCUACAACACCGGGCGGGGAUAACAACGCCACGGAAGCAGACGCAGAGGCCACCCUUGUUGACAUCACGGACACCACCUGGGGCGCUGUUGUCUCCCAUAGGCUGAACAACUCUUCAUCCCUAGUAGAGCUCAACCCUGCUCUUGCAAGUGGCUAUCUCGUCAAGCGUGGUGGACCACGAACCGAAGACCCCCCUGUAGCAAUGGAAGUCAACAUCGUCCAUAGUGAAGGCAACCCACGGGUGUACGAGCUGCUUCUGCGGGAGAUGCUCACAUACUUCAGGGGCUUGGGAACCCUUGCCCGGGCAAGAUCGGUCGUGGAUAGAGAGACGGAUGUUAGGCCUUGGCACGUUGCCGCCGCGGAAAAGGGGGUCCAUGCACUGUACCACUUGAUGUGA